GAAGCACAGAGCCUCCAGUGCUGCAACCUGCGCCCUCCAGCCCGACCCUCCAGCAAUCCUUGCAAUGAGAGGAAAAUCCACCUGGGAAGCCCUUGCCUGUGGUCCGGAGGAGACUGCCUCUGAGUCUGCAAAUGUGCCCACCACAGAGCCCUCUGGAGAAGUGGCAACACCGAAGUCUACCGGGGAAGAGCAGGCUCCCAAGCCACAGGAGCCUGCCCCUCAGGCACCUGCCCCCGCAGCCUCUAAACCCGCACCUCCAAGCGAAGAUGUCCCCAGUGCCCCGCUGCUGCUGGCUGUGGAGGACGUGAGUGACAGCUCGGUGACUGUGAGCUGGGAACCCCCGGAGAGGCUAGGGAAGCUGGGGCUCCAGGGCUAUGUUCUGGAACUCCGCCGAGAGGGAGCCUUGGAGUGGGUGCCCGUGAAUUCCCGGCCCAUGAUGGUGACCCAGCAGACCGUGCGGAACCUGACUCUAGGUGACAAGUUCUUCAUACGUGUGGCUGCAGUGAGCUCUGCAGGGGCUGGCCCACCAGCUGUGCUGGACCAGCCUGUCCACAUCCAAGGGAUCAUUGAGGCUCCCAAGAUCCGCGUUCCCCGCCACCUUCGUCAGACCUAUGUCCGUCAGGUGGGAGAGAUGAUUAACCUGCAAAUCCCCUUCCAGGGGAAUCCCAAGCCUCAGGCCUCGUGGACCCACAACGGUCACGCCCUGGACAGCCAGCGGGUGAGUGUGCGCGCCGGGGACCAGGACUCCAUCCUCUUCAUCCGCUCAGCCCAGCGCUCCGACUCAGGCUGCUAUGAGCUCACUGUACAGCUGGAAGGCCUGGAGGCCAAGGCAGCCAUCGACAUCCUGGUGAUCGAGAAACCUGGAUCCCCCAGCAGCAUCAGGCUACUGGAUGUCUGGGGCUGCAACGCUGCCCUCGAGUGGACACCACCCCAAGACACAGGCAACACAGAGCUCCUGGGCUACACAGUGCAGAAAGCAGACAAAAAGACAGGGCAAUGGUUCACAGUGCUGGAGCGCUACCACCCGACCACCUGCACUAUCUCAGACCUCAUCGUGGGUAACUCUUACUCCUUCCGAGUCUUCUCGGAAAACCGGUGUGGACUCAGUGCCUCGGCGGCCGUCACCAAGGACCUCGCCCACAUCCAGAAGACAGAUAUUGUUGCCAAACCUAAAAGUUUUGUUGAGCGAGAUUUCUCAGAAGCCCCCUCGUUCACCCAGCCCCUGGCUGACCACACCUCCACCCCUGGCUACAGCACGCAGCUCUUCUGCAGUGUCCGAGCGUCACCCAAGCCCAGGAUCAUCUGGAUGAAAAACAAGAUGGACAUCCAGGGUGAUCCCAAAUACCGCGCCCUCUCUGAGCAAGGUGUCUGCACCCUGGAGAUCCGGAAACCCAGCCCCUUCGAUUCCGGGGUCUACACCUGCAAGGCCAUCAAUGUGCUGGGGGAGGCGUCUGUGGACUGCCGGCUGGAGGUCAAAGCCUCAGCCACACACUGA